UGAGGUCUUCCCCGACGAUUACGAUCCUUAUGAGGGAGCUCCAGCGACUCCGAUCGAGGCACAACCUCUUAUCCAUGUACAUGACACCGAGUCGCAGGGUGAGAUUCUGUCCAUAGAGGCACAACCUGCAGUGGUUAAGAGUCGGAAGAGGAAGAGAAAGCCUUUUGUAUGGUUCGGUGACUAUACGGAGAUGAAGAGGAGACAUAGGCCAUCUUCGACUUUUGAUCCCCUGGAGCCACCGGAUGAGAAAUUGUUAACCACUUUCCGAAAGUGGUGUGUUGGACUCAUUCCGAACCACCGACUUCGGGAUUUGAGAAGUGGUGAUUACGGUCCAGGAUUCUUUUGGGUAAUGCUCACACCAAAGGAAUGGCUUACAGAUGACCAUAUAGAUGCAGCAAUGCAUAUGCUGAGGAGGCGACGCACCGACUAUCCACUGACAUUUCCUCAGAAGGGUAUCAUUCUCUCCACAUUCGUGACCGCCAUGAUCAGCAGUGCAUGGACGAGCCACAAGGGUCCGAGGAAAAACUUUAAAUGGGAGGAUUAUAUCCUGGACUACUGCACAGGGUUUCAUAAGUCCCAAGUCUUUGAGAGAUGGAGGGGUAACGAGUUUAUUUACUUCGUUCUGCACCUUCCCACGGCAAGACACUGGGUCACAGUUGAAGUCGACAUAGAGCUGUGGAAAAUUAAUGUCUACGACUGUGAUUCCAACGUCUGUCAUUGGACCGCCUUGGAACCCAUCAUGAAGGUUUGGGCAGAACUGCUGCCCUCGCUACUCCUUGCAACCGGGGAAUUUCCACAUAACAACCAGAUCAUGGCGUUAGCUAACUGUGAGAUCACGGUGCUUCCAAAAAUGCACGCGACUCGAGCCACUCACGACUUAGUUCCGAAGUCGGCAACCGUAAAGAACGGCAAAUACCCCAUCCUAACUCCUGAGGAGCUGAAGCAGGAGGAUGACGUUGGCAUAGUUACUCCUGCAAUGCAGAAAGUUUUGGACGCCGCUCGAGCUUUCGAAAGAGAGCGAAACGGUAACGAGUUCAGGUUCAUGCAACUUGAAAGAGAAUUUGCAAAAGCGAGUGAAUGGCGGCUCCACCACACAGGUUCCCCGAAGGAUGCCGUCGUUGCAAACUGGGCAUCUUCAACGGUAAACCGGUGA